AUGUGUAAAGGGUUCUUGUUUUCCCCUCAUUGUUCUUCGUGUACCUGUAAUUGUUUAAGUGAAUGUGUAUGUUGGUCUUUGGCAGAUAAGUUCAUCUGUAAUAAAAUGGGGGGAAGUGCAGUUGACGAUGAUUGGGAGUUAUUCGCUACGCCUCUGAGUGAGGUUAGAACCGUAGUUUUGGUCGGGCGAACGGGGAAUGGGAAAAGCGCAACAGGCAAUAGUAUCCUUGGCAGAAGGGCGUUUAGGUCAAUUUCUAGCUCUGCUGGUGUCACCAGUACAUGUGAACUGCAGACAACCAUUCUGGAAGAAGGACAGAUCCUUAAUGUGAUCGACACCCCAGGACUCUUUGAUUUUUCUGCUGAACCCGAGUUUAUUGGGAGGGAAAUUGUUAAGUGCAUCAAUAUGGCCAAGGAUGGUAUACAUGCCGUUCUUGUCGUCCUAUCAGUGAGGUCUCGGUUUUCCAGAGAAGAAGAAGCUGCCGUUCAGAGCUUGCGGAAAUUCUUCGGUAGCAAAAUUAGUGAUUAUAUGGUUGUGGUGUUCACUGGCGGUGAUGACCUGGAAGAAAAUGAUGAAACUCUGGAUGGUUACUUGGGUGCCUGUCCUGAGCCUUUGAAGGAAAUUCUGAGGAUGUGCGGGAAUAGGCGUGUUCUGUUCGAUAACAAGACAAAAGAAGCAGGCAAGAAAUCCAAACAACUGAAACAACUUCUUUCCCUUGUGAAUGCUGUUGUGGAUCAAAAUGGUGGGAAACCGUACACUGAUGAGCUUUUUGUUGAGCUCAAGAAAGGAGCAAUCAAGCUGCGUGACCAAACUGCCGAAGUUAAUGCCAUGGAAGGGUACUCCAAACAGGAAAUAUCCUAUCUAACGGAUCAGUUUCAUAAAUCAUACGAGGAACAGCUUAGGAGAAUAACCGAGAUGGUCGAGUCGAAGCUCAAGGAGACCACACAUAGGCUUGAGAAGCAACUUGCAGAGGAGCAAAAUGCUAGGCUCAAAGCAGAAGCAAUGGCUCAAGCUGCACAAUCGAAAUCGAACGAUGAAAUUCGCAAACUUAGAGAGCAUUUGGAGAGAGCGCAGAGGGAAACGGAAGAGCUACGUAAGCAGGCUGAAAGUGGCAGAUGUGCUAUUUUGUAACUGACAUGUAUAAUAUACAAACAUAACACAAAUAUAUAAUGUAUAACCCUUUUCUCUCUCUCAUAUUUUUAUUUUUUUCCUGUGGGGAACUUUAAUCUGCUUUGUCUCUUGUUUCACGUUCGCUCCCUUUGCCCGUUGGGUGUGAAUUGAUACUUGUUACUUAUGGAUACUCGGGUGAUUGCAGUCUCUUUCUAGUACUUGGUGCAUUAUGUAUGUCUCUUCGUACUUGCUGUUGAGUUGAUUGAAACUGAAUAUUGGUG